AAAGUCAAGAAUGGAGAGAUUCCGAAAGGAAAGAAACCCUCGUACACAAAAUUCAAAAUACAGGAGAGAAGAAAGAAUUAAGACCAUCAAGUAACAACUUUACUCAUAACAAUGAUAUGACACAGUCACUCACUCUCUAUGCAUUUCCCAUAAUCACUUAUCAGUUGAUAACCGAUUAUUCGCAAGGAUUAUCGUCACUCUUUCAUCUUCCCACAGUCGAUUAUUCUUAAAAGCGCUUUUUCUCCCGAUCCGCGUUUGCUUUAUUUUAACAUGACUCAAACCGCCGCGGGAUUUGAAAAUCUUAUCGGCUAUUAUGAGCCUCCAGUACAAGAGCUUAUUGUUAUUGAUGAAGUGCUCUCUGCUAUGGUUGGGGUUGAAGGACGUUACAUUUCAAUCAAAACACUUCGUGGAAAGAAGGAUGAAAUUAUUAAUUUCCUGGUGGACCCAUCUAUGGAUUUGACACUGCAGGAGUUGGCAAAACGGAUUUUCCCUCUUUGUAGGAGCUUUCUGUUGAUCAACCAAUUUGUGGAAUCAAGGUCUCAGUUCCAGAAUGGGCUAGUUAAUCAUGCCUUUUCUGCUGCCCUUAGGGAAUUCCUUCUCGAUUACCAGGCCUUCGUGGCACAACUUGAGCACCAAUUCCGGCUUGGGAGACUUUCCCUCCAAGGAUUGUGGUUCUACUGUCAGCCCAUGUUGAGGUCAAUGCAGGCAUUGUCUACUGUCAUACAGAAGGCUUCAGCCAAUAAUUUUUCUGGUUCUGCCGUUCUUAACUUAUUGCAGAGCCAGGCAAAGGCUAUGGCUGGAGACAAUGCAGUAAGGUUGUUGCUGGAGAAAAUGACACAAUGUGCAAGUAGAGCCUACAUGAGCAUACUCGAAAGAUGGGUCUAUGAAGGAGUAAUAGAUGAUCCUUAUGGUGAAUUUUUCAUUGCAGAAGACAAAUCUCUUCAAAAGGAGAGUCUUACUAAAGAUUAUGAUGCUAAGUAUUGGCGACAGCGUUACAGCCUCAAAGAUGGAAUUCCUAGUUUCCUUGCAAAUACUGCGGAAACAAUUUUGACCACAGGAAAGUAUCUAAAUGUUCUGAGAGAAUGUGGACACAAUGUUCAGGUCCCUCCAUCAGAAAACUCAAAACUAAUGAGCUUUGGCUCAAAUCAUCAUUAUCUUGAAUGUAUUAAGGCUGCUUAUAAUUUCGCAAGUGGCGAACUCGUGAAUCUCAUUAAGGAAAAGUAUGAUCUAACAGGAAAAUUGCGGUCUAUAAAACACUACCUUCUUCUUGAUCAGGGGGAUUUCUUAGUGCAUUUUAUGGAUAUUGCUCGAGAUGAGCUGGCCAAAAAACCUGAUGAAGUAUCAGUUGAGAAACUGCAGUCUCUUCUAGACCUUGCUCUGCGUACAACAGCAGCUUCUGUAGAUCCUUAUCAUGAAGGCUUAACCUGUAUUGUGGAAAGAUCAUCUUUGCUUAAAAGGUUGGGCACAUUUAAUGUCACUGAAGUUAGCCAGAGAGAUUCUAGUAAUAAUGAUAUUCUGGAGGAGCCUGUUAGCAUCACCGGCCUUGAAACAUUUUCACUAAGUUAUAAGGUGCACUGGCCAUUGUCUAUAGUAUUAUCACGGAAAGCCCUUACAAAUUACCAGUUAAUUUUUCGAUUUCUUUUCCACUGCAAACAUGUUGACCGUCAGCUAUGUGGAGCAUGGCAAACACAUCAAGGAGUUCGCGCUCUUAAUACACGUGGAACUGCUAUCUCCAGAUCAUCUCUUCUGUGCCGAAGUAUGCUUAAAUUCAUCAAUAGUCUUUUGCACUAUCUUACAUUUGAGGUUAUUGAACCCAAUUGGCAUAUGAUGUAUACUAGACUUCAGUCAGCAAAUAGCAUAGACGAGGUUAUUCAACAUCAUGAUCUUUUCCUCAAUAAGUGUCUGAGAGAGUGUUUACUACUUUUACCUGAGUUGCUGAAGAAGGUGGAGAGGCUUAAAUCCAUGUGCUUACAAUAUGCAGCCGCAACUCAGUGGCUUAUAUCAUCUUCUAUCGUAUUACAUAGUCCAGAUGAACCGAAAGCUGAUUCAAUCAAAACUAAACAACUGAAGUCAACCACCAGAAAUGCAGCGGUCACUGAUUCUAUUCUCAAAUUUGAGAAGGAUUUUGAUUCCGAGCUUCAGAGUCUUGGAUCAAUCUUGAGUAGUAGCUCCCAGGCAGAGCCAUAUUUGACCCAUCUUGCAAAAUGGAUUCUUGGUGUCAAACUCGAACAUAAUGGUUUGUGAUGGGUUUUUCAGGAGCGUGGGUAUUUAGUAGUGGUGUUAAACUUGAGCAAUUAUUGUGCAUAGGUUAAUGUAAUGUCUGGAAUGUGGGUAUUUACAUUUUUGUGAAGUUGUGGUUAGGUUUCUUUGAAUAUUUUUUCUUAUUUGUUUUUCUAUUAUGUUCUUGCCAAAUUUUGUCUAGGCAAUUUGUGAUUUGGUCUCCAAAAGAAACAACAAAUUUUCAUUUGAAACAGCCGUAUAGUGUUUGAUAGUGGUUCUAUGGAUUAAAACUUACCUAUUGAAAA